UCAGCGAUCGCGGCUGGUAGCGGCCCCCGGCUGUGCCGGGCGAACAGACGACACCGCCGCGUCGACGCAGUGGUGGGCCAGUUGCUGCUGUGCGCGCUAUGUAGCGAAACCGUUGUUGGGUUGUGAAUCUCGCGUGGCGCGUUACCAGGGGUUGCGGAGUGAUCGCUACGUGUUUGUGCCCGUGAAACAAAAAGGGAGCACCAGCUGUGUCGACGCGAAGUGGAACACCGCGAGGAACAGCGCCAUGAGGAAGAUCGUGUGUUUCGGUGUUCGCCAUGCGGGGUGGGGAGGGGAGCUGCGGUUCUCCGGACGGAUCGGCCUCGCGCCGGCUGUCCCGAUGGACGCUGCUGCUGCGCCAGCGGUCGUCGCAGUCCGGUAGCUCCGAGUCUGAGACGCCGCCCCGUCGCUGCUCCAUAGUGUCCGGAGCCAGCGGACACACAUCGGGCGUCUGCGGGAGCGAGGCAGUCCAGCUGGUGGCGUACACGAGGCGAAGCAGCCUGGUCUUGCUCUCCGCCAUGGCGGACGGUGCCGGCGUUCAGGGCAUUGCCAGUGCCGUCGACGCACCGGACGGCGCCGAGGCGACGGAAGCCGCGGCGGCAGGCGGCGCCCCGGCGAGCGAACGCGGUGACGGCGCGCCUUUCGAGCACUUCCUGGAGGAAGCGCGCCUGCGCUGCGCCAGCGCCACCGAGGAGCAGCUGGCCGAUUUCGUCAAGAGGAACCGGGACAGCUUCGCGCGUUUGCUGCGCAUCGAGUCCUGUCGGUUGCACGGUGCGACCGCCGGCAUGGGCGCCGGGGGCGCCCCUGCAGCGGCCUCCUCGUCGGGAGGGGGUCCCAACAGCGACCGCGACUCUGGGGUCUUCACGGAGCCCGAGGGAGCGGCCGCCAACGGCGUCGCCGGCGGCCCCGCCGCGUCGUCGAGCGAGGGCGACCUCAGGGAGGCCCUCGCAAGGACUCCCGAACCGGACGCCCUCUCCAUGGGCUCGGCGGACUUGCGCGCGCUCCUCAGGACUUGUCCGUUCUGGGACAGGACCAGCGGUGCUUUCCUGAGCGACGCUGUGUCCGAGCCCCAGCUGAGGCCCAAACCCCCACGUCCAUUCUCCGAGUUCCCGACGCCGCUGCAGGCCACUGCGUGCAGCGCGACGAGCGCGUUCGGCGGCAUUCCCAGCCGAAUGAGUUCCUCGUUCCAUUUCACCACCACGAGGACGCACUUCGAAUACUGCGGGGAGACCAACACAUUCAGGUUCCGGAACCAGGAGGUGAGCGCGAGCCUUGAGAGCAGCUACGAGAGCUUGUCCGAGAGCGAGGACGAGGAGGAGUCCCCGGAUGACGGCGAGCACCACCGCUUGGCCGCGACGACAGCGGCUCGCAGUCCCACCGUGCAGUCAGAGCCCGCAGGGUCGGCGGCGGGUCGUGUGGCGGAGGAGCUGCUCAGCACGGAGCGGACGUACGUCGACGUGCUCCGGCUGCUGGACCAGAGGCUGGCCUUCCGGCUGGACCAGGAGAACCGCGCCCACUCCAUGGUGCCGCAGACCACGGUGGCCGCCAUCUUCGCGCCGCUCAAGCCACUCUUCCGGCUUCACCACGACUUCCUGUUGCCCAGGCUACAGGAGAGGCUGGACGCCUGGGACCGUGAACCCCGCAUCGGGGACGUGAUGAAGGACUUUGCCCCCUUCCUCAAAAUGUACGCCGAGUACGUGAAGAACUUCGACCAGUCCGUCCAGCUGCUGGCCUCCUGCUACGCCAAGCACCCGCGCUUCGCGGCCGUCGUUGACGAGAUUCACGCGACGCCGGAGUGCAAAAGCCUCACAGUGCAGCACCACAUGCUCACACCUGUACAGCGAGUGCCCCGGUAUCAACUGCUGCUCAAAGAGUACCUGAAGAAACUGCCAGAUGGCUCACCCGACAAAGACGACACGGAAAGAGCUUUGGAGCUGGUGUCUAAGGCAGCCGACCACGCCAACCAGGCGAUGAAAAAGAUUGAUCAGUUCAAGCAGCUGCUGGAGAUCCAGGAGCUGGUGGGCGGCGCCGUCGACCUGGUGAGCCCGACGAGGGAGCUGCUGCGCCAGGGAAAAGUGACGAAGAUCAGCGCCCGCUCCGGAGACCACUUCGAGCGGUACCUAUUCGUGUUCACCGACAUGGUGCUAGUGUGUAGCGUCGUGGGCAGCGGGGCACGCCUCAUUGGUGCCGGUGGGUACCGGGUGCGGGCCAAGCUCGACCUGGACGGCCUCUUGCUGCAGGACGGCGACAACCUCGAGACGCCAAACAGCUUCCACCUGCGGAAUGCCGGGCGCUCCAUAGAGCUGUGCGCCGUGUCACCUGAAGAGAAGCUGGCGUGGAUGCAGACCCUUGCCAAGGCUGCCCACGACCUCAAGCAGCGAAAGAGCUCCUUGAAAGUGUACCAUCAAGGUCAAAAGAGUCCCGAGGGGGCGGAACUGGGUCAGCGUGCCCCCGUGCUGGUGCGAGCGGACACCGUGUCCAGGUGCAUGCGCUGCUCGGCGGGAUUCUCCACGUUCGGGCUGCGGUGGAAGCACCACUGCCACGCUUGCGGGAUCGUUGCGUGCAGCAAAUGCGUGUCGCGCAAGGCCCGCCUGCACUACGACGGGGGUCGCGCGGGCCGCGUGUGCGAGGCCUGCUACGCGGCCAUGGUGCCGCUGGGGGACGACGACCAGCAACAGCACUGCCCUCUGCCGGGCUACGAGGAACUGCCCUCACCCGCCGGUCCCGUUCCCCCGUUCCCGCUGCCCCCGGGACAGCAACAGUGUUCGGGCGCCGUGCUCAGCGGCUACCUGCGCCUGAAGACGGGUGGCCGCCGCGCCCACUGGCAAAGGCGCUGGUUCGCCCUGCACCGGGACUUCGUGCUCUACUCCUUCCGUUCGGAACAGGACGAGCUUCCGCUGACGUCGGUUCCUGUUCCUGGUCUGGCGGUGGCCGCCGCCGAGAAGGCCGACGGCCUGGAACCCCGCAGCUGCGCGGCCGCCUUCAAGCUCUUCCACCAGCGGAGGGCCUACGUCUUCCAGGCGCAGGACACCCAGGACGCACAGAGGUGGAUGGCAGCACUGGAGAGAGCGUCGAAAGCGGAAGAGCCUAGUUAGGCAGCCGCAGAACCAAACGUGGAGCCGAGUACAUUAACAAACCACUCACAAGCGCCGGCCACGCAGAGAGCCACGACACCUGCCGGCCGGUGAAGUCGGCCUGUAGCAAAAUGAGCGCUCCUUGUCAGUGCCGUUCACCAUCCCCAGUGUGUGUUCUAGUCAUCGCUCUUCUCGUGAAGUUGUAGAUGCAUUUGGGGUGUAGUUGAUGCGCUGGCACAUUCUGAAUGCACAGACGACACCGAGCGUCCCACCUGACUAGGCAUGUUUGGUUUUUCGACAACUCUCUAUCGAAGCAUUUUCUACUGUGUAUUUCCGACAGCGCUUCGAGAAGCUGCCCUGUUCUGAUCUCAGCCAGGCCCCGCGAUUAUCCGAGCUCACCAGUCUAUUAAAUGGACUGUAGGAGGAUGGCGAUUGCCUAGGGUGGACGUUUGUUUGAUUUUUUUUUAUUGUAUCGUGAUGGGUUAUGACGACAGACCGUCCUUCCGUCGACAAGGUAUACAUGUGUCAUGACUGAUUCAUUCAAAUCGUAAUUAUUGACUGCGUUGGUUAGUAGA